UCCCAGCAGAAAAGAAUCACCUCGUCGCCACACCACGUAGCCUCUUGGAGUUUAUUCUCUGCUCUGGAGCCAUGGCUUCAUCCUCGCCAUUUUCGCUACUCCAACAGCGCAAUGCCACGAAUUUCGUAGUUUAUAAGAACUGUGUGGUGAAAUAUUUAGGCAGCGGGCAUACCCCUAAUUCACGACGCGACACGAACGUGCUUGGACGUCGUUACUACAACCCCUCAGCAAGCAUCACUCACAAACAGACCUUCGACCUGUAUGCAAGUCCCUCCCUAUCUAGCGUCACGGACACCUCAGGGUGUGCCACGUAAAAACCUAGCCAGCCCGCCAGGCGAUUACCAAGCCAGGCAUCGCCACUCGAUUUCCGAAGCCAGAUAGGCGCCACUCGAGAACCUAGCCAGCCCGCCACUCGAUUACCUAGCCAACGCACCACUCAGUCAACCCUGCCGAUGCCCGCCUCCCGCUUCCCACUCCCCACAUCUCGCUUCCCGUUGUUUUGGUUGAGCUCGGCUUGUGUCGCUGCUCUCCUGCUAUCCCGCUCACCUGCUAUCCCGCUCACCCACUUUGCGCAGCCUUCCGUCUUAUCGCUCUCCCGUACUCCCACUUUUCCCUCUUCCAUUUUUCCCGCAUACCCGCUUUCCCGCUUGCCCUGGUCCCGCUUCCCACAUUCACUUUGUCGCGGUCCCGCUCUCCCCCUUCCCCGCAUUCCCGCUUUCCCACUUCCCCCAUAUCCCGCUUCACCGCCUCCCCGCUUUCCCGCAUCCCCACUUCCCGCUUUCCCGCUUCCCCGCUUCCGGCUUUUUCGCUUCCCCGAUUUCCCUCUUUCCCGCUUCGUAGCCCCGCCCGCUUCCCCGCUUUCCCGCUUCCCGGCAACCCCGCUUCCCCACCUGCACGCUUCCCCACACCUAGCCCUUACUUUCUCCGCACCUAUCUUUUUCCUCUCCCGUGCCUAUCCCAUACUUUUUACCUUCCUCAACCCUUUUUUGCGCCCCGACCAGUCCCCACUAUGAUUCCUUCCUUUUCCCUCUCCUAUCUGUUGCUUUCCAAGAUCCUAUCCCUACCUUUCCCAGUUAUAUCCCUACUUACCCCACCCACUAUCCCUUCCUGGUCCCCGCUCCAAUCCCUACCGUUCACCACUCAACUUCCCUUCCUUUCCCCGCGAAAGUCCCUUCCUUUUCCUCUUCCUUUUCCCAUCGUUACCCACCUCCUAACCCACUUCCCUUCCUUUUCCCCACGUCCCUCUCUCUCCCCACACUUCCCACCUCCCUCCCCUCGCAGUUCCCACCUCCCCCCCCCCACACUUCCCACCUCCCUCCCCUCACACUCCUACCUCUCUCUCCCCACACUUCACACCUAUCCCCUCAGUUCCCACUGCUCACCUCAUGCUGCGCGCCUCUUUCACCCCCCCAACUCUCUCCCAUGUCGCUCUGCCCACCUCCCCUCGUCACUCCCCCUCUCCCCUGUUCUCUCCCCCUCUCCCCUGCUCUCUCCCCUCUCUCCCCUGUUCUCUCCCCCUCUCCCCUAAUCUCUCCCCCCUCUCCCAUGCUCAAUCCCCCUCUCCCAUGCUCACUCCCCCUCUCCCAUGCUCACUCCCCCUCUCCCAUGCUCACUCCCCCUCUCCCGUGCUCACUUUCCCUUUCCCAUGCUCACUCCCCCUCUCCCCUGCUCACUCACCCUCUCCCAUGCUCACUCCCCCACUCCCCUGCUCACUCACCCUCUCCCAUGCUCACUCCCCCUCUCCCAUGCUCACUCCCCCUCUCCCAUGCUCACUCCCCCUCUCCCAUGGCCACUCCCCCUCUCCCAUGCUCACCCCCCCUCUCCCAUGCUCACUCCCCCUCUCCCAUGCUCUCUCCCCCUCUCCCCUGUUCUCUCCCCCUCUCCCCUGAUCUCUCCCCUCUCUCUCUUGCUCUCUCCUCUAUCUCCACUGCUCUCUUCCCCUCUCCCCUACUCUCUCCCCCCGCUCCCCUGCUCUCUAUCCCUCUCCCAUGCUCACUCCCCCUCUCCCAUGCUCACUCCCCUAAGCCCCCGACACUAGCUUAGCUAGGAUAGGAGCAAGGCCGCCAUGGAACGGCGCUAGGAAAAACGGAUCUAGGAGUAGGAGGAAAGUCGAGAAGAAAGAGUGUUGGAUUAGGAAGAGAAGGGAGUACAAGGAGGGGUUUGUACCCCCUACAGAAAGACUGUAUAGGGUCACCUCUUAGAGGGUACAACACUCUUAGGUAUAUACCCUUGUACUCUCAUUCUAAACUCACUUCUUCAG